AUGAGGGCAGUAGACGAUGUCAGGUGGAAGUCAUCUUUAUCCUGGACCUGUUGCUGCCCUAAAGAGCCUUAUUCUCCUUCUGUCCUCGGGCUGUUUCACCGCUCAUUGUCCUGGUCCCAAAACCACUGGCGCACCACUGGCAUUGACCACUCCCCAUCACUCAAUUGCAAAAGGCGGCUGUCCUCCGAACAGCUUAAAUCCUGCAACGAGACCUGUAAAACUGGAAGGAAGGAGAAAGGAGACCCACUGAACAUCGCCAUUGACAAGAUGACCAAGAAAACGAGAGACCUGCGAAGACAGUUGCGGAAGGCCGUGAUGGACCACAUCUCCGACUCGUUCCUGGAGACCAACGUCCCACUGCUGGUCCUCAUCGAAGCGGCGAAGAGCGGCAACGAGAAGGAAGUGAAGGAGUACGCACAGGUCUUUCGUGAGCACGCCAACAAGUUGGUGGAGGUGGCCAACUUGGCUUGUUCCAUUUCCAAUAACGAAGAAGGGGUGAAGUUAGUCCGGAUGGCAGCAACCCAGAUUGACAGCUUAUGCCCACAGGUGAUCAACGCGGCCCUCACCUUGGCCGCCAGGCCUCAGAGCAAAGUGGCCCAGGACAACAUGGACGUCUUCAAAGACCAGUGGGAGAAGCAGGUGCGAGUCCUGACCGAGGCCGUCGACGACAUCACUUCCGUGGACGAUUUCCUGUCUGUCUCAGAAAACCACAUUCUGGAGGAUGUCAACAAAUGUGUGAUUGCGUUGCAAGAGGGGGACGUCGAUACCCUGGACCGGACCGCAGGGGCCAUCCGAGGACGCGCCGCCAGGGUCAUCCACAUCAUCAAUGCCGAGAUGGAAAACUACGAAGCCGGGGUUUACACCGAGAAAGUGCUAGAAGCCACGAAGCUGCUUUCCGAAACAGUGAUGCCGCGUUUUGCUGAACAAGUGGAAGUCGCCAUUGAGGCCCUGAGUGCAAAUGUGCCACAACCCUUUGAAGAGAACGAGUUCAUUGACGCCUCUCGCUUGGUUUACGACGGUGUCCGGGACAUCAGGAAAGCCGUGUUGAUGAUCAGGACUCCCGAAGAGCUAGAGGAUGAUUCUGAUUUCGAACAGGAAGAUUAUGAUGUUCGGAGCCGGACAAGCGUUCAGACUGAAGAUGACCAGCUGAUUGCUGGCCAAAGUGCAAGGGCCAUCAUGGCUCAGCUUCCUCAGGAAGAGAAGGCGAAAAUAGCUGAGCAGGUAGAGAUAUUCCAUCAAGAAAAGAGCAAGCUGGACGCUGAGGUGGCCAAAUGGGACGACAGCGGGAAUGACAUCAUCGUCCUGGCCAAACAGAUGUGCAUGAUCAUGAUGGAGAUGACGGACUUCACCAGGGGCAAAGGGCCACUGAAGAAUACUUCUGAUGUCAUCAAUGCCGCCAAGAAAAUUGCAGAAGCCGGCUCCAGGAUGGACAAACUGGCGCGGGCAGUGGCCGAUCAGUGUCCCGAUUCGGCCUGUAAGCAAGACCUGCUCGCCUACCUUCAGCGCAUCGCCCUUUACUGUCACCAGCUGAAUAUCUGCAGCAAGGUCAAAGCAGAAGUCCAAAACCUUGGCGGAGAACUGAUUGUUUCUGGGCCUGGAGUUCAAAGCACUUUCACUACCUUUUAUGAGGUAGAGUGUGAUGUCAUAGAUGGGGGCAGGGCUAGUCAACUUUCUACCCACCUCCCCACCUGUGCUGAAGGAGCUACGGUUGCAAACGGAAGUGGGGACUCCUCCAUGCUGGACAGCGCCACGUCCCUCAUCCAAGCCGCUAAAAACCUGAUGAACGCCGUGGUGCUCACCGUCAAAGCCUCCUACGUGGCUUCCACCAAAUACCAGAAAGUCUACGGCACAGCUGCCGUCAACUCGCCGGUGGUCUCCUGGAAGAUGAAAGCCCCGGAGAAGAAGCCGCUGGUGAAGCGGGAAAAGCCGGAGGAGUACCAGACCCGGGUGCGGAGGGGCUCCCAGAAGAAGCACAUCUCGCCCGUACAGGCCCUCAGCGAGUUCAAGGCCAUGGAUUCCUUCUAGGGCUUCGCCACCAGGGGCGUUUUUUUCUCUAGGCCUCCCGUGUUUUUGGUUGCGUCCCUGCCCACUUGUAGG